CGGCCUGCCAUCUUUGCCGGGGCGGUGGGCAAUUGGCCCGCGGUGCGUCGCUGGCAAUCACGUUCCUAUUUUGAUCGCUUGGCCGGACAGCGCACGAUCCCUGUAGAAUGGGGUCGUGAUUAUCGUGGGGACGGGUGGUCGCAGCGGCUCAUGACCUUGACAGACUUUUUAACCGCCGUGUUUGACACCCCUAUCGCUCCCUCGCCCAAACGCCCCAAGCACGAAGCUGUCGGCUACCUGGCCCAACAUCCCCUUUUUGACCAAGUACCCGAGCUGCGGGACGACAUUGUGGUUCCUGAUUACUGCUAUUGUGCGCAGUCCCUUCGGAUCAACGCUUGGUUUGGCCCCCAGGGCACAGUCAGUCCAUGUCACCAAGACCCUGACGACAACCUUUUGGCACAGGUGGUUGGCUACAAGUAUGUGCGGCUCUUUGAACCACGCGCUGCCACGCAACUCUACCCGUGCGAAGGCUUGCUCAGCAACACCAGUCAGGCCAAUGUGGUGGCGCCGGACCCAGCUGCGUUUCCCUUGGUCCAAGAUGUGCCUUGUUGGGAGGCAAUUCUAGGUCCGGGCGAUUUGCUAUUUAUUCCGCAGGGUUGGUGGCAUUAUGUUCAAAGCCUGAGUACGAGCUUCUCGGUUAGCAUGUGGUUU